CUUGUAUGAGGACUCUUCGUUCAAGAAGUACGAGCCUUGCUGCUGAUUUCCCUGGAGAGGAGGUCGUGGAGGCGGGGCUGCCAGUCCCCACAUCUCUAGCAGACCAACCUCUUCACUAGACCAGCCGGACCCUGUACACGUGGACCCUCUCCGUGUAGACACACCUGAGUCCAGGACGACACGAGCUGCAGGGAUCCCAGCCUAGGCACGGAGAAAUCCUCACUGGACGGCUUCCUGUUUCCUGUGGUUUGUUACCUGAUUGGCUGCAGGGAUGAAAGUUUUUGAGCUGAUAGUAGGGAUGGUCCUCCUCACCUCUGUGUUUUCCGUCUGUUCUGGACAAAAUCCUAUGACUGUGUUGUGCUCCAUAGACUGGUUCAUGGUCACAGUACACCCCCUCAUGUUGAACAACGAUGUAUAUGUACACUUUCAUGAGUUGCACAUGGGCCUGGGUUGCCCUGCCAACCAUGUCCAGUCACAUGUCUACCAGUUCACUUACCGUGUUACCGAGUGUGGCAUCAGGGCUAAGGUUGUCUCCCAGGAUAUGGUUAUCUACAGCACUGAGAUGCACUAUGCCUCUAAGGGCACGUCAUCCAAGUAUGUGAUCCCAGUGUCAUGCGUUGCCCCUCAAAAGUCCCCAUGGCUCACCAUGCCCUGCUCCAUGAGAGUAGCCAGCAUGAGUGGGACCCCAGCCCAGAAUGAUGAGACAUGCUACGAGGUGUUCAGCUUGUCACCACUCAGCCAAAGGCCCAACUGCGAUUGUCCACCUUGUGUCUUCAAUGAAGGAGCGUAUCCCCAGGCUCCCCAUCAACAGGCAGAGGCACAAGAGGCCCGUUCUAUGCAGCCAUCUUACUUUGUUGAUAUUUCUGAGGAUUGGUGUCUUCACUCGGAUGAUCUGAUUGGUCCUAUGUGAUCCCCAGGUUUGGGCUUUCAUGAAGAUGCUGUUUCUAGAGUUAGUAAGAUGGUAUUUACAAAUAUCAGACAAAUAAGUGCUCUUGUGGCCCUUUUAUGAGUGUUUUUGAGAAAGGGCAACCCAUGGAAAUUUCAUGAAUACAUGUUUUUUAUAUUUUUGUAUCAUUUUCUAAAGAAAAAAAAUA